AUGGUUCACCCCGCCUCCACCUGCUGCAGGACCUCCCAGGACGGAGGCUGCGUCUGCGCUGCCCAGGCCAAGUGCUCAUGCGGCAAGGAGAGUGCCCUUCACUGCUCCUGCAACAAGGCUACCUCUGAGAACACCACCUCGGGCCCCCGCUGCUCUUGCCGCGCCCGCCCCGCUGGCCAGUGCACCUGUGAGCGCUCAGUCACCGAGAACAAGCCCAUCCACGGCGAGACCUGUGCCUGCGGCAGCCGUCCCUCUGCUUCCUGCACCUGCGAGAAGGCUGAGGCUAUUGAGUCCGCGUUGGAGCAGGACUUCACUACCCGCGCGUGA